CGCGGGCGGCGCCAUGGCCAUCCCCAUGGUGCCCAUGGAGACGCAGCUGCAGAGCAUCUUCGAGGAGGUGGUGAAAACAGAAGUAAUUGAGGAAGCUUUUCCUGGUAUGUUUAUGGACACUCCUGAAGAUGAGAGAACCAAACUGAUCAGCUGCCUGGGCGCUUUUAGACAGUUCUGGAGCAGUCUUUCCCAGGAAUCCCAUGAACAGUGUGUCCAGUGGAUUGUGAGAUUCAUUCAUAGCCAGCACAGUCCUAAAAGAAUUUCUUUUCUUUAUGAUUGUUUAGCAAUGGCAGUAGAAACUGGACUGUUGCCACCCAGGAUGGUUUGUGAAUCUCUGAUAAACUCCGAUACACUUGAAUGGGAAAGGACACAGUUGUGGGCAUUAACAUUUAAAUUGGUCCGGAAAAUAAUUGGAGGCGUAGACUACAAGGGAGUGCGCGAUCUGUUGAAAGUGAUCCUGGAGAAAAUCCUCACAAUUCCUAACACCGUGAGCUCAGCUGUUGUACAGCAGCUUUUAGCAGCCAGAGAGGUGGUAGCCUACAUUUUGGAAAGAAAUGCCUGUUUGUUACCUGCCUACUUUGCAGUUACAGAAAUCAGGAAACUAUAUCCUGAAGGAAAGCUUCCUCACUGGUUACUAGGUAAUUUAGUGUCGGAUUUUGUGGAUACCUUCAGACCAACAGCAAGAAUAAAUUCCAUUUGUGGUCGCUGUAGUCUUCUCCCUGUGGUAAAUAACUCGGGUGCCAUGUGUAACUCAUGGAAGCUGGAUCCUACAACCCUGCGCUUCCCUUUGAAAGGUCUUUUACCAUAUGAUAAGGAUCUGUUUGAGCCACAGACUGCUUUGUUGAGAUAUGUGCUGGAACAACCGUAUUCAAGGGAUAUGGUCUGCAAUAUGCUAGGUCUGAAUAAGCAGACCUUGAACAUUGCUCAGCACAAGCAGCGCUGUCCUGUGCUGGAGGACCAGCUGGUGGAUCUGGUAGUUUAUGCCAUGGAACGAUCAGAGACCGAAGAGAAGUUUGAYGAUGGUGGAACCAGCCAGCUCUUGUGGCAGCAUCUGUCCAGCCAGCUUAUUUUCUUUGUGCUCUUUCAGUUUGCAAGUUUUCCUCAUAUGGUCCUAUCACUCCACCAAAAGUUGGCAGGCCGGGGCCUCAUUAAAGGAAGAGACCAUCUGAUGUGGGUGCUGCUGCAGUUCAUCUCCGGCAGCAUCCAGAAGAACGCGCUGGCCGACUUCCUCCCAGUGAUGAAGCUUUUUGACCUCCUGUAUCCUGAGAAGGAAUGUAUUCCUGUACCUGAUAUUAACAAGCCCCAGUCAACUCACGCGUUUGCGAUGACUUGUAUUUGGAUUCAUCUGAAUCGGAAGGCCCACAGUGAUAACUCCAAGUUACAGAUUCCCAUUCCCCAUUCUCUGAAGCUUCACCAUGAGUUCUUGCAACAGAGUUUGAGAAACAAAAGCUUGCAGAUGAAUGACUACAAGAUUGCCUUGCUGUGCAAUGCAUAUUCUACCAAUUCAGAGUGUUUCACUUUGCCCAUGGGUGUGCUGGUGGAGACCAUUUACGGAAAUGGCAAUAUGAGGAUCCCUCUUCCAGGGACUAAUUGCAUGGCAUCAGGCUCUAUCACCCCUUUGCCAAUGAACCUCUUGGAUUCACUCACAGUUCAUGCCAAAAUGAGCUUGAUUCAUAGCAUAGCUACAAGGGUGAUUAAACUGGCUCAUGCCAAAUCUAGUCUGGCCUUGGCACCAGCUCUCGUGGAAACCUACAGCCGUUUGUUGGUUUAUAUGGAAAUAGAGUCAUUGGGCAUCAAAGGCUUUAUCAGUCAGCUGCUGCCCACGGUGUUCAAGUCGCACGCCUGGGGGAUUCUGCACACUCUGCUGGAAAUGUUCAGCUACCGCAUGCAUCACAUCCAGCCCCAUUACCGAGUGCAGCUGCUCAGCCACCUCCAUUCCCUGGCCGCUGUGCCGCAGACUAACCAGAACCAGCUGCAUCUGUGCGUGGAGAGCACCGCGCUGCGGCUCAUCACAGCGCUGGGCAGCUCCGAGGUGCAGCCGCAGUUCACCCGCUUCCUCAGCGACCCCAAGACGGUCCUGUCGGCCGAGUCGGAAGAGCUCAACAGGGCGCUCAUCCUCACGCUGGCCAGAGCGACGCAUGUGACGGAUUUUUUCACAGGUUCUGAUUCAAUUCAGGGAACCUGGUGCAAGGACAUAUUGCAGACCAUCAUGAGUUUCACUCCUCAUAACUGGGCGUCACACACAUUAAGCUGUUUCCCAGCUCCUUUGCAGGUGUUCUUCAAGCAGAACAACGUGCCCCAGGAAAGCCGUUUUAACCUGAAGAAGAACGUGGAGGAGGAGUACCGAAAGUGGAAGUCCAUGACCAACGAGAACGACAUCAUUGCCCACUUCUCUGUGCAAGGCUCACCCCCCCUUUUCCUCUGUCUCCUGUGGAAGAUGCUGUUAGAUACUGAUCACAUUAAUCAGAUCGGUUACAGAGUGUUGGAAAGAAUUGGGGCCCGGGCCUUGGUGGCCCAUGUCAGGACAUUUGCAGAUUUCUUGGUGUAUGAGUUCUCCACCUCAGCGGGAGGCCAGCAGCUCAACAAAUGCAUUGAGAUACUCAAUGAUAUGGUGUGGAAAUACAACAUUGUAACAUUGGAUCGGUUGAUACUGUGUUUGGCUAUGCGUAGCCAUGAGGGAAAUGAAGCUCAAGUCUGCUACUUUAUAAUUCAGUUACUUUUACUGAAGCCUAAUGACUUCAGAAACAGAGUGAGUGAUUUUGUGAAGGAGAAUUCUCCAGAGCACUGGCUGCAGAAUGACUGGCAUACUAAGCAUAUGAAUUAUCACAAGAAAUAUCCUGAAAAGCUGUAUUUUGAGGGCUUGGCAGAGCAAGUGAACCCACCAGUUCAGAUCCAGCCUCAGUACCUACCCAUUUAUUUUGGAAACGUGUGCCUGCGCUUUUUGCCAGUGUUUGACAUUGUAAUCCACAGAUUUCUGGAAUUGCUUCCAGUGUCCAAAUCGUUAGAAACUUUAUUGGAUCAUCUGGGAGGUUUAUACAAAUUCCAUGACCGUCCCGUGACCUACCUGUACAACACGCUUCACUACUACGAGAGGCACCUGAGGGAGCGCACGAACCUCAAGAGGAAGCUCGUCCACGCCAUCAUCGGCUCCCUCAAGGACAACCGCCCCCUGGGCUGGUGCCUSAGUGACACUUACCUCAAAUGUGCUAUGAACGCCCGGGAAGAUAACCCAUGGAUUCCUGACGACGCUUAUUACUGUAAACUCAUCGGAAGGCUGGUAGACACUAUGGCAGGCAAAUCACCUGGUCCAUUCCCAAAUUGUGACUGGAGAUUCAAUGAAUUUCCUAACCCAGCUGCCCAUGCUCUGCACGUUACCUGCGUUGAACUCAUGGCCCUGGCUGUUCCAGGGAAGGAUGUGGGCAAUGAGCUGCUGAAUGUUGUGCUGAAGAGUCAGCCCCUGGUGCCAAGGGAGAACAUCACAGCUUGGAUGAACGCUAUUGGACUAAUUAUCACAGCCUUACCGGAGCCGUACUGGAUUGUUCUCCAUGACUGCAUUGUGAACGUUAUCAACAGCCCCAGCCUGACGUCAGAGACAGAGUGGGUUGGUUACCCAUUCCAGCUCUUUGAUUUCACAGCGUGUCACCAGUCCUACUCUGAGAUGAGCUGCAGCUACACUUUGGCUUUGGCACAUGCCGUCUGGCAUCAUUCCAGCAUUGGACAACUUUCCCUCAUUCCCAAGUUCCUCACAGAAGUGCUGAUACCCAUAGUGAAAACGGAGUUCCAGUUACUCUAUGUUUACCACCUUGUUGGUCCUUUUCUACAACGGUUCCAGCAGGAGAGGACACGAUGCAUGAUAGAGAUUGGAGUGGCAUUUUAUGAAAUGCUCCUGAAUGCCGAUCGAUACAGCCCACACCUGAACUAUAUGGAUCCUAUAUGUGAUUUCUUGUAUCAUAUGAAGUACAUGUUUACAGGUGACAGUGUGAAAGAGCAGGUUGAGAAGAUCAUUUGCAACUUGAGGCCAGCCUUGAAGCUCCGCCUGCGCUUCAUAACGCACAUCAGCAAAAUGGAGUCGGCCGCUGUCACCCAGCAGCCUCUCAGCAACGGGUCGCCAGCAGCACAGCCUAACCAAGUGCCUGUCAACGUGGCCUUGCCUGUAACACAGUGAGAGGAGGCUUUAGGCUGGCCUCCAGGUGGAGAUUCCUUCCUUUGUUGGUUGGUGUUUGUUUUUAGGUGACGGAGGUGAUCCGUCAUCUGAUACUUCAUGUUCUGUGUGGCAGGGAAGAGAACUAUGUACAGAAUAAUGUUUUGUUAUGUGUAAUGAAGCUGUCUAGUCACCUGCAUGCCAGUCUCUGUUUAUAUGGGACGCUAGAUGAGGUAAAUGCUGCCUUUCUCUGAAAGCGCUGAGUAAAGGUUCCCUGCACGCAGUCAGGGAGGUGGAAUUCGGAAGAAUUUAUAGUCUCCUGCUCCCUAGACUAAUUUGAGUCGUCUUGGGUUUUUUCCUUAUUUUUUWUUGUAUAACAUGAAAUGAUACUUGGGCUAUGUAAGCUGAUACAGGCCUUCUUAAAUUUGGCUUUUGCCUUAUUGAAAAGUUUGUAUUUUUUGUCCCACAGGAGAAUUUAAAUAAUUCUUGUCUUUUGGUAACAUAAAUCAAGCUCUUACACAGAAAAGUCCCUCAAUGGGAAGCUGACAUCAGUGCAAGUGGAUUAACUGCAUCUCCCCAAAGACGGAGUCUGACCCUUUGGAAAAAUUAUGUAAAUUUAUAAUGUGCAGUUUCCAUUCAGCAAAUGAGCAAUGGGUUUCAACUAGCAUGAUUUACAAGGCUAUUAGAUUAUUACACAGAGGCUGUCUCUGUUGAAAAUACAUGUAUUCAGUAAAGCUGUGCUGGCUGAUAUUUUAUCUUUCCUAUUUGGGAAAUGGUGUAAUUUUUAUGAAGUCAAUCUCAAUUUGUUGAUAUCUUAUUAUACUUUCAAUUUGU